CGAAGAACUGCCCCCGUGUCGUCCUCGCUCGCUCCCUUUCAGAUUUUUAUUUUCUUGGAAAAACGAAAAAUUUGAAUACGGAAACUUAAGAAAAAAACGAUAUAGAAAAUCUGAUCAGAGCGGAAGAUUGAAGAAGAAAAAUGGACGCAGAAUUGCUAGAAUUGCAAAAACAAUUCGAAUUUGCACAGCAAGCGAAAUCAAGUGUAAGAUUAUCAGAAAGAAACGUCGUCGAAUUGGUACAGAAACUCCGCGAACUUCACAUCAUCGAUUUCGACCUUCUCCACACCGUUUCUGGCAAAGAAUACAUCACUCCUGAGCAAUUAAGGAAUGAAAUUGUAGUGGAAAUCAAGAAAUUAGGGCGUGUUUCCUUGAUUGAUCUGGCGGAUGUUAUUGGUGUUGAUUUAUAUCAUGUUGAAAAGCAAGCCCAACAAGUGGUUUUGGAUGAUCCGGGACUAAUGUUAACUCAAGGAGAAAUUAUAUCACAGGAUUAUUGGGAUAAUAUUGCUGAAGAAAUUAAUGAAAGGCUUCAAGAAUGUAGUCAAAUUGCUUUGGCAGAAAUCGCCACGCAGUUAAACGUUGGGUCUGAGUUAGUGGCUUCUAUGUUGGAGGCUCGCCUUGGAAAAUUGGUGAAAGGUAGGCUUGAAGGAGGGCAGUUAUAUACACCUGCUUAUGUUGCUCGUGUCAGUGCUAUGGUCCGGGGUGCUGCCAGGGCUAUCACAGUUCCUACUAAUUUGUCAGUACUAUGGGGAACUUUACAGCAAUUGUUGCAGGAAAUGGAUGGAGCUGGUGGCGUGGUUGUUGAAAAUUCGUUUUUCCAAUCCUUGUUUAAUGGGCUGGUGAAGGAAGGCGAGGUUCUUGGAUCACUUCGUGCAGGAGUUCAUUGGACGCCAACUGUCUUUGCCACUGCUCAGAAGGAGUGUAUAGAUUCUUUCUUUUCACAGAAUUCUUUUAUCAGCUAUGACACUCUGAACAAACUUGGAAUUUCCCAGCCGAUUCAGUUUUUGCAGUCCAGGUAUGCUGAAGGUAUACCUUUGGUUACUGCAUUUGCUCAUCCCUCCUUGAUUGAGAUGUUGGAUGCUGCUGUUGAGGAUGCUGUUGAGCGUGGUAGCUGGAUUGAUUCUCUUUCUGUAUUACCUACCUCCUUUGGGUCCCAAGAUGCAUCCAAGCUUUUGUCAGUUUGUCCUUCUGUUCAGUCUGCUCUCAAGGGAACUAAAGGAAUCGUUCUUGGGGAUUCGUAUAUAUUCAGUAAUGAUUUUGUCAAGUCUAUCUAUGAUCGCAUGGAAAAAGAGAUGGAUGCUUUUAGUCUCUCAGGAUCUUCUGGUGCUGUGCUAAGUGAUGGCCUAAGCUUGGUUAGGGAUGUUAAAUUUAGAAAUGAUUCUGGCGGGUCAAGUCAGUUAAGUGAGACUGGUAAUGAAAAAAGGAAGAAAAAGGGAAAAUCUGCUGGGACAAAAGCAACUGAUAUUCCUGAAGACGAGGACUAUAUUCCUACAAAAUCUAAGAAAAACCAGAGAAAAGGAAAGGAUGCAUCUUUUCAAGUUUCAGAUACAAAAACAGGUGGUAAGAAAGAUUUGGCCAAGAUGCAAGAAGACAGUCUUAAUGUUCCUUCAGAAGAGUGGGUAAUGCAAAAGAUCCUCACUCUGGUUCCUGAUUUUGAAGAGCAAGGUGUAGACGAUCUGCAGAUAAUCCUCAGACCAUUAGCUAAAUAUAUGAGACCUAUGCUUAUUAACUGUUUGAAGGAGAGAAGGAAGGCAUUAUUUACAGAAAAUACUGAGAAAGUGAAACGCUUGCUUGAUAAUCUGCAAAAAGAGCUUGAUGAGCCUUUCUUAAACAUGCAGCUGUAUGAAAAAGCAUUGGACUUGUUUGAGGAUGACCAAUCAACUUCAGUUAUUUUGCACAGGCAUUUGUUAAGAACAAUAGCUGCUUCUAUCGCAGAUACACUCUUUCAUAACUUGGACAAGCACAAUAAAAUGAAAAAUGGAAUUGAAGUUGAAGACUCUCAAAGUUUGGAAUCCAUCACUUUUAAUUCUGCAGAAAGAAUUGCUCUUGCAAAAAGUUUUCCAGGAUCUCUUUCAAAGAAAGCUAUUACAGUAAUAGAAGCUCUGGAAGGGAAGCGGGUGGAAGUAUUCAUGAUCUCACUUAGAGAAAUUGCAGAGGAAAGUGGGCUGCUCUUAAAAAAGCUUGACAAAAAAUUGGAAAGAACUCUUCUGCAUUCAUAUCGCAAGGAUUUGACAGCUCAAGUGUCUGCUGAAACAGAUCCAGUUGCUCUGCUCCCUAAAGUUGUUUCCCUACUCUAUAUUCAGAUUCACAAUAAAGCCCUUCAAGCGCCAGGAAGGGCUAUUUCUUUUGCUGUGUCUCGAUUGAAGGACAAACUGGAUGAUUCAGCAUAUAAGAUCUUGACAGAUUACCAAAGUGCAACAGUGACACUUUUAUCACUUAUUUCAGCUUCAACUGGUGAUGAGGAAGACUGUACAUCUGAUAGAAUAUUGAAUAAAAGGGAGUUCCUGGAGAAUCUAAUGCCAGCGUUAAAAGGCUUGGUGUUGAGCUCCUGACAAUCUUGACUUAGCAUGAUGUCAAAUUUCCCAAGCCAUCUUGGCAGCUUGGAAAAACUUACGUUGACAAGGCCGCAAUUCUCCUUUGCUCGUCAAAGUGUUCCUGACGAUGUGACAAUGUGACUGGAUAGAGCGCCCUGAGUGAUCUUUUCUUUCAGAAGAAGCAGAGGUCUUGCAAUCUGCGAUAGCAAAUAUAGAAUUGGAUGGUUUUGAUCAUGAGUCAGCGUUGGGUUUGGGUUUUGAGUUCCCUCGUACACCGAUAUGGCGAGUGUGAUUCAUCACAAUGGUGAAAGCUAUGUAAAAGGUAAAAUCACUGCACAACCAGACAUUUUAAGUCGAUGCAAAGAGGCAUAAAUGGAUGGUUUUCGAGGAUCAAUAGGAAAAAUGAAAAAAAAAACAGGACGAAAGUGACCUUACAUAUGCCACAUGGGUUGCUAUUAUAAUCUACAAUUGCACAAAAAAGUCAUACCCUUUUCACGGAUGUGGUCCUGUUUAUAGCAUCAUAUUUGUAAACAUAGCAUUUUCUUUUUCAGGGAAAAUUACUAAUACCCCCGGGAAUUGCCAUAAUUUAUAAGUUUAACUCUGCAUUUCCAAAAGUAAAUUAAUGCUGUUUGAUAA